GAAAAGUAUCGUCUGCAUAACAACCCAUAAUAAUACGCAAGAGUCUCCUUCUUCUAAAAUCACUCACCAUUCAAUUUUCUGGAAAGUUAAAACUCCACGAGAGACAUCAUCUUUACCGUUUAUCAUCGGCACAAUAUCACGCAAAUAUGAUUAUACUUCUCACAGCAGUAGAUCAUAGAUCACCAUUAUAACCUUCCUUCCCUAACAGACUCCAAUUUGGAGAAACGAACAAUUAGAUUGAUAACUCGGUCAACUCAACUCAGUUCCUCCCAACCUCAACUCAGUGGCCAUUCAUGGCUUCUCUCCACACCAUUUCUCCCCAUAGUCUGCUUCCUUUAUCCAAAUCUAAAAAACCAACCUCUAAAAUCCUUCCCAACUCUCAUUUUCUUGGCACAAAAAUUUUACACAGCCCAAUUUUCUGGACAAACAAACAGAAAACUGAGAGCUGGCUUUUGAAUUCUGUAGUUCAAGAAGAGCUUGAUGUUAUUCCUGUUCAGAGUGGAGACAGUACGGACCAGCAAGAUGGGGUGGUUGUUAGUCAGGUGGAGAGCGAAGGGAACGAGUUGGCGACUCAGGUGAGCGGGUUUGGAUCGAAUGAGGGACAGUUGUCUUUUGAAGGAUUCUCUUCUGCUUCUAGUGCUGGUAUGGAAGGUGAUGGACAGAGAACGCAGAGUGAAUUGGAAAUGGAUAAGUUUAUUGAUAGGUCUAUAAAUGCUUUGAUUGUUCUUGCUGCGGGUUCGUAUGCCGUUACCAAGUUGCUUACAAUUGAUCAUGAUUACUGGCAGGGGUGGACCAUCUAUGAAAUAUUGAGAUAUGCACCUCAACACAACUGGUCUGCAUACGAGGAAGCUCUAAAGACAAAUCCAGUUUUAGCAAAAAUGAUGAUUAGUGGAGUGGUCUAUUCUAUAGGCGAUUGGAUUGCUCAGUGCUUUGAAGGUAAACCACUCUUUGAGUUUGACCGAGCACGAAUGUUUAGAUCAGGCCUUGUUGGCUUUAUGUUACAUGGCUCCCUUUCACAUUACUAUUACCAGUUCUGUGAGGAGCUUUUUCCAUUUCAAGACUGGUGGGUGGUUCCUGUCAAAGUGGCCUUCGACCAAACUGCAUGGGCAGCAGUUUGGAACAGCAUCUAUUAUAUAGUGGUGGGAUUCCUGCGUCUGGAUUCCCCUGCCACCAUUUUUAGUGAAUUGAGGGCUACAUUCUGGCCCAUGCUAACAGCAGGGUGGAAACUUUGGCCAUUUGCACAUCUUGUUACAUAUGGUGUGAUCCCAGUAGAACAAAGGCUUCUUUGGGUGGACUGCGUAGAACUCAUUUGGGUUACAAUACUCUCGACAUAUUCAAAUGAGAAAUCAGAAGCAAGAAUACCCGAGACACAAACAGAAGCUGGUUCCAAUUCUUUGUCGAAAGGUUCUGCUGAGGAAUAGAAAAAGCAUAAGCAGAGUUAAAACAUGACGAGUUAGUUAAGUCCGAAGAGUUGAGAGUUAAAUUCAGAAUGUGAUCGUUGACGAACUGAUUUGAAAAUUGCAGAGCAUUGAUGCAGAAAGUUGUUGGACAGACUGGUUAUGGUAUAUACUACACACAUCUUGUAUAUGUAUGUAGAUUGAUAUACUGUCUGAGAUAGUGCUAACUGUAAAAAAUCAUAGGACUCGGGCACUGGAAAGUUUCUAUGAAAUAUGGAAAUCUCUCAUUUAAGAUUACCAUUUGUAUAAACUAAUUCCAUUAAUGCUUUUAUUCCUUCAUUGCAUAUAAACUAAUCAAGCCAACAACAUUCAAGAAGCAUUA